CUUUCCACUGAGCCACGCUGCUUCUCCUACAUACAAGAGCCCUCCGGAACGGGAAUCUGCACUCGGAAAGGUUUAAUGCUGACGGAUGAGGGCACUUCUCGUGGUUCUGCUGGUCACCACCCUGGCCGUGGGUCCAGGCGGGUCCCUGCAGUGUUACAAGUGCACGGGGCAGACCAAUAAUAAGAACUGCCAAACCGUGCAGCCCUGCAGGCAUGAGGAAAAGGUCUGCAAGACGGAGCUGACAACUGCCGCGGGCCUGGUCAGAUUCAUCACCAAAAGCUGUGUGGAGUCAUGCCAGGAGGAGACCAAUAACUACCACGUGGGCUUCAGGAACGUCACCUGCUGCCGCUCGGACCUGUGCAACGUGAACGGAGCCAGAGGGCUGAGCCCCAGCCCCGCCGCCAUUCUCUCCGCCAGCCUGCUGGGCCUCUUCGGUGCCCUGCUCCGGACUCCGCUGUGAGGGAGGUCCCCCUUCCCCUCCUCAUCCCCGAGCAAGGCCCUGCUGGCAGAGCCAGCCCGGUGGGCCCGGCCGGUUGGGGGCUCCCGGAGCCCGCGGCCUCCCCAGUAGCGACGGGCCAUCUCUGGGGACUGGGGGAGCGGGAGGGAGCCAGAGGUGCCCGAUGACGCAUCUGGAACCGAGCAUCCCUGACCCCAUGUUCCCUGGGUACCUCUGUAGCCCGGCUGCUGGGUACAUGUCCAACUCUUCUGCCCCACCACCCCCCGCUUCCGCCUGGAAGGAUGAGGCAUCGUGGUGGCGUUGGGGACCCCCGCCCAAUACCCAACUCGCCCCACUGUGGUCCCUCCCACACUCCAUCCCUCCCCCUUUUCUAGAAACAGGAUCCCCAUCAGGCUUUUGAACCUCCUGUCGCUGAUUGGAAGUCCUCGUGCCGGCUGGCUAUUAAAAUGGAGAAACUGGGUGGUC